AAAAAAAAAAAAAACGAACCAAACAGAGCCUUAGUUUUUACUUCCUUCCGGACCCACAUACCCCGUUUUGACGUUUCCGUAUCGAGGGCCCAAAAUUAACAGCGCUCUCCUCUGCUCGCCGGUAAAUCUCCGGAUCGAAGAGAGUUAUUAGUUCAGUCUGCUUACCGGCGUUCGAUUACUUCUGAUGGUGCUCCCCAUCCCCGGAGGGGUCUAUCAAGUGGAGGUUUUGAAUUACUCUGUUUUUCCGCACUUGAAUUUGUCCAAUUCACCAUGAGAAAAGCUUCCUUUCUUCUUCCCAAGCUCCGGCCAACUCAUAAACUUCCUUCUUUUCUUUCCGGCUGUGGUUCUUCCUCCCGGCUUCACUCUGUCCCCAACAAAAUCCCAACUCCUGCGCCAAACAUAUCCCAACACCCAUCCUGCCAUCUCCCAAUAACUGUUGCUACUUUUUCGUCUAAUUUCUCAAACAAGGAAUUUUUAUUCCGGAAUUUUUCUACCCACUCUGGCGAUGGCCCGACACUCGAAGAUUACAAGUACGUGUUUUGGAUGGAUCUUAGGUCUCCAGAAAAAACCACUGCUGACAAGUUGAAGAUAUUUGCGGUGAUGGAUACAAUGUUUGAAGAAUCAGAUCUAGCGGAUGCUUGUCUUUUUAUGGGGAUUGAAAUGGUAGUAGCUAAGGAUCCUAAAAAGGCGUUAUAUUUUGGUACCCGAGCUCUCAAAUAUUUUGAUUCAGGUGAGGAGAAAUCCCCUGUUAAACUUUCUAUGUCUUACCGAUUGAUUGAUACUGCAUAUGAGGGUUUGAAUAGAAUGAAUGAUGGAGUACUAUCACAGGGCACUUGAGCUGAUGGAUACUGUCAAGGAUGAUGAUUCUCAUGAUUUUUGGGUUGGUAUGUAUGUAAUCCAUUGGGGAUUAUACCAAAUUAAACUAAAACUUAAGAGGAGAGUGGAGGCUGUUGGUCAUCUUAGGAAGUCAUUGGAGAUAAGAGAGACUAAGUUGCCUGAAAAUCCCAGAGAUCUAGCAUUUGUUAAUAUGGAGCUUGCAGAGCAAUAUGUUAGUGUUGAAAAUUUCAAGGAAGCGUUACCAUUUGGUUUGAAGGCCUUGGAUAUGCAUGUAAAAUUGGGUUUAAAUCCGCAUAUUGUGGCGAUUGCCCGGACGGGCCUAGGUAUGAUAUAUUCUGGAUUGGGGGAGCAUGCAAAGGCAUCUGAGCAACAUGAACUUGCUGGGAAGUUCUUACGUUGGGAUGGUAGUUAUGAUUCCCUCGUCGAGAAAGUUGAUGUAGCCAAAGAGCUAAUUGACGAGGGAAGAUAUGUUGAGCCCAUGGCAGUUUUGUUUGUUCCUGUACAUAGUGCACAUCUUAUGAACCGCCCUGAAGCCAAAAAUGAUCUUGAGUUGCAGAAGAAAUUUGAGGAAGCUUGCAAGCUAUGGAGGCUGUGUAAGGAAGGAUAGUAUUGCUCAUCUCUUGAUUGCGUUGCGCUGUGUGAGGAAGGAUAGUAUUGCUCAUCUCUUGAUUGCGUUGCCUUUUUGUUGACAAAUUGCAGCCGCCGUUUUUCAAGUUGAUAAGUAAAUAUUAGCUGCCUUUUGUUUAGGUAGUUCGUUAGGGGUGCUCGGUAGAAAUAUUUAAGUUGUUGAUAUGAAUUCCAUUCCAACUUUCAAGUGAUUUGUAGCAGAAAUGCAUAUUACUGGAAGGUGAAAUGUACACUGGUCGUGGUGCUCUUUGAAUUUGUGCUGUUUGCAGCUUUAUUGUCUUAAUUCUGCUUUUUCUUUUAUGCCACCCUUUUCUCAGUUACAUAACCAGAUAUCAUGAAUUAAAAAGAACAUCACCAUCCAGUUCCAUUACUGCUGCUACUAAAUGCACUAUGUUGCUGAACCUUUUUAAUGGGAC